AUGGAGGGCUUUAAUGGUGAUGAAGAUAAUGUCCUUGAGCACUUAGGCUUGGACAAUUUGACAGAAGAUCUUGGGAAUAUUGUUGAGAACCGAAAACGACAGCGUAAUGAUAACGAAGAUGAUGAGUUAAACGGAGACAAUGGGGAUGAUAAUGGAAGAGGAAAGAACAUAAUAAAAUGGGGUAGGAACGGAGUGAGGGAAAAUGUUUUGUGGGAUGAUGGGGGUGCUCCAAUAUGGCCAACACAGAAGUGUGGGGAGUUUUCUCGCUACCUUGGAUAUUUGGCAAGUGAUGGUGGACUGUAUCCUAUCGAUGUGCCAUCCUUCACUGAAUUUAAAAAGGGAGAUAACCAUGAUAUGAUGUGGGAAAAGGUUCAGGGAACUAUUGAUUGGUCCAAUCCAGAGACGGAAAAAAGAAAAUUCACAAUUAGGAAGUAUGUAAUAGACAUUAUCAAUGACCGUUGGAGACAUCAUAAGCAUAUACUAAAGAAGACCUUUUGGGAACCUUAUCAGAAUUCUCCUUCAAGGUUCGUGUGCAGCGACAAUACUGUUGACAGCGGUCAAUGGGUAAGGUUUGUGACCAGGUUGGAAAAGGCAGAGACAAAGGAAAAAGCUGCAAUUAAUGUCAGAAAUAGGAAACAAAAGAAGAUGAGCCAUACUACUGGAACAAUGACUUAUGCAGCAAAAAUUUAUAAAUGGCAACUAGAAAACAAAAAGGAUUCACCGCCUAACCGUAAAGAGAGAUUCAAGAUAACCCACCUAAAGAAGGGAUCUAAAACAGAGUACAUUGAUGAAGCAUCAACACAAGCUGUGCUUAUCUUUGAACAAAAAGAAGCAGAGAAAGCUAACCAAAACAUAGAAAUAACCCCUAAGGUUGUAGAAGAUAUAUAUGCUGACGUGUUUGGUGUUGAGAGGAGGAACCGAGUUAGAGGAAUGGGAACGGGAUAUAAAUGGGCUGAUGUUCCUUUCAUCCAUACAGAAAACAAAGGGAUUUCAAAAGAGGUGGAGGAACUAAGGGCUGCUGUGGAGGAACAAAAAAGUGUGUCUGCAAGAGCAUUGAUGGAGGUUGAAAGAUUGAGAAUUGAAUCUGCAAGGGAAAGGAAUGAAGUUGCUGAGAGAGAAAAACAACGUGAGGCAAAGUUGGAUAAGAUAAGAGCUGAUCAACUACAGAUGAUGGAGAACAUGAAAAAAAUGCAAGACUUGAUGGAAAUGCCAAGGACAUGAUCAACUCAGCCAUGUUUGCUGCUCUUUAACUUCGUCAUGAUGUUUGUUGCUCUUAACUUCAUGUUUUUGUUGUUUUGAUCCUGGUUUAAUGACUUCUAGAUUUUGUAUGUUUUUGUCUAAAAAAUUCUAGGAGUUAUUAAUCUAGU